CAUUAGACGCCAUCACGAUCUUAUCAUGGACGCUAUUGUCGUAACAGAAGCAGAAGCAUCGGAAUGUUGUGUACAUAAUAAGUAUAAGGAUGAAAUUAAUCAUUGAAUAUUUGUAAUUGUAUAUAAUUGUAAAAAAGAUUACAAUAAUAUGGCGGUUGUGGUAGAAACUACGAUAGGAGAUUUUACUAUCGAUUUGUACACCGAAGAACGGCCGCAAACAUGUCGGAAUUUUUUAAAGCUGUGCAAGCUGAAGUAUUACAACUGGAAUUUGUUCCAUUCCGUUCAGAGCAAUUUCAUUGCUCAAACCGGAGAUCCGACUGGGACUGGAAAAGGUGGAGAGAGCGUGUAUGGAAUAGUGUUAGGUGAAAAAGCGAGAUAUUACGAGGCAGAGCAGAUGCCGAAAAUAAAGCAUGAUAGAAGCGGUUUGCUCUCUAUGGUAAAUUGCGGUAACAAUAUGUUGGGAUCUCAAUUCUUUAUUACCCUCGCGCCCGAACUACAGUCGCUGGAUGGACACCAUUGUGUAUUUGGCGAAAUCGCAGAAGGUCUAGAGAUCGUUCUUAAGCUAAACGAAACGAUUUGUGAUGGGGACCACAGACCAUACCAAGAUAUUCGUAUAUCUCAUACGGUCAUCUUGGAAGAUCCUUUCGAGGAUCCAAAGAAUUUUGUUGUACCUGAUCAGAGUCCACCGCCCACUCGAGAAGCUCUAAUGAGCGAUAGGAUAGGCGCUGACGAAGUAAUAGACGAUACAGCUGGCAUGACAACCGAAGAAAUAGUAGAAAUGCAGAAGGAGAAAGAAGCGAAAGCGAGAGCUACAAUACUGGAGAUCGUAGGUGAUAUUCCAGAUGCAGAAAUGGCUCCACCGGAGAACGUUCUCUUCGUUUGUAAAUUGAAUCCCGUUACGACCGACGACGAUCUUGAAAUUAUUUUCAGCAGAUUUGGGAAGAUCGUUGGUUGCGAAGUGAUCAGAGAUCGGCAGACGGGCGAUUCGUUGCAGUACGCUUUCAUCGAAUUCGGCGAUCGCAAAAGUUGCGAGGAGGCUUAUUUUAAAAUGGACAACGUACUGAUCGACGAUCGCCGUAUACAUGUGGACUUCUCGCAAUCGGUAGCGAAGAUGAGGUGGAAGGGUAAGGGUAAAGGUAUUCAAUACUUCGAUGACAAGGGUAAUGAAACGACGAGCGAGAAUCGUCGAAAGAAAAAAGAUGAAUUUAGAAACAAGGAUGACGCGAGAAGUCGAAGAGAAAAUGGUAACCGAUACAUGGAGGAAGUACCGGAUCACAGGAAACACGAGCGUCGGAAAGAUGUUGACAGAGGUAACUCGGACUGUUCUCAUAACGGGGAAAAGUAUGUGUCUAAGGAAGAAAAGCGUCAAGAAAGCUCGCGCGAGAGGUACGAAUUCGAUGUUAGGCGGGGAAAGGAAAGAAGACGAAGAAGCAGAGACAGGAGCGGAGGUCGGAACCGAGAUAAGAGCAAAGAAAGAGAUAGAAACAAAAGGGAGAGCGAUAAAGAGCAUAAGCGUAAAAAGAAGAGAUACGACAGAGCAGGCUCUAAUAUCAGUAGUGAUGAUACAAGACAUGAGAAGCAUAAGGAGAAGCAUUCGAGUCAUAAAAAGAAACGGAAUAGAGAUCGAUCGAGGGAGAGGUAUGAAGAGUCAGAGAAACGUAAGCGAAGGUGAUAAUGCGAAUAGUAUACUAGUUCGUCUAUAAAUCUGCGUGCUUCAUACAUGGGAUUCGUGUAUUGUGAGUGUCUAUUUUAUAAAACUGAAUAGUCGAUGAAUACUUUUAAGAAUGUAAAUUUUAUAUGUGAAUAAGAAUCAUUGCUUAAUUCA